AUGGGCAUUCGUUUCACUUCGUACAUUGAGCCCCCAGCCUCUGCAAAUAAUUUACACGCUUCCUUUGAGCCUCAUUUCGCAGUCUCUUCUUUGAAUUCAAGAUUGCUGGAAACCGCUGAUAGUGGCGGUUCCAGUAUGGCCAUGACAAGAACAAGAAGAAGUACACUUAGAAGAGCUCAUAAGGAUCGUGGUAAAAAGUUUAUAACUUAUGGCUGUCGCCACUGUAGAACACAUCUCUCUUCAUCAGUUCAAAUCAUAUCUAAGGAUUAUAGGGGUCGUACGGGUGAUGCAUACUUAAUGUCUAGUGUACUUAACGUUAUUGAAGACAAAGUUGAAACGAGAUCCAUGUUGACUGGGGAGUAUUUAGUUUGUGACAUUUUAUGUCAUCUUUGUAAAAAGCUUAUCGGUUGGAAGUACUUAAGAAGUGAUAAUAAAGAUCAAAAUUAUAAAGAGGGCAAAUAUAUUUUGGAGUUACAGGAAAUCUGUAAAUGUCAUUGA